UAUGAAUACUGCACCAUUCAAACGGAUUCGAAUCUGUGUAUAUUCAUUAUUGGUCUCGUUUCCUCGAUCAAAAGUGUGAUUAAGGAGACAUGAUGGUGGAAUACAAAGCCGUGACCAGUAGGAAUGUUCCUAUCAAUUAAGGCACCAAAAUCGUUCGGCAUACUUAAAAAACUUACAUACAUUCAAUAAAGAUUGGACUACAAGCGACGAGUUAUUUCUCUACUAGCAGAAGUCCAUGAAAGGUGUCUAUCACUGUGUUUGCUCAUAGUUGAUAGUGUGGGCAUCGAAGGAUGUUAUGCGCAGCCCAUACCCAAACCGGCCAUGAAGAUGCGAUGCUAAUUGAUUAUACGGUAUUUUAAACUUGAAGCCAGCAUCGCAGAAGACGGGAGUAGCGGCACCCAGCUCGAGAGACUGAGAGGCGUAGUGUGGAAAACUAGGUGCAUGAUUGGGAAGACUUCACCGUCAUCCAUCACAAGACUAACACGAGUGAAGCCCCCAGUGAAAGCAAUCAGCCGUUGUGACUUGAGGACCCUGAUUUGCUUUUGACACCGCCUCUUUCAACGCUGUAGCUGUGUGAUGCUCGAUGCCUCCAGUUUCUACGACCACGUUUCGCAGCGAAUGCAGAGCACGGCUGGAUGUACCUCUCAUGGGAGAACCACUGAGGUGUAAGUGAAGGGGGCGGCGUGGUGAGGAAGCCAUGGGGUGGCGAUGGCGGACGAUGGGAGUAGGAUUGUGGACGAUGGAGGUGAUGAUGACGGCGAUGGUGGUGAGUUGGGGAUUGGGAGUGGAGGGGUUUGAUCCCCUGGAGAGCAAGAGGGUGAUAGGAUUGCGAGAGGUGCGGUUGGGGACAGGCUCCGUGCUGCAGGCGCUGCUAGAUUCACAGUACUCAGAGAUGGUGCUGUACUUGGACAAGGCAGAUAUGUUGGAGGAGCUGGAGCGGGAGGUUCUGCGGCGAGGCGCAAUCACGGUGUUUGCGCCGAAGAACAGCUACUUGGAACAGCAGGUGGACGCGGACUUGUGGAGGUUUUUGAUGCGGCCUGGGCACGAAGCGUAUCUGCGGACGUUGUUGAAGCACCAUGUGAUUCCUGGGCGAGUUGAAGGCGCAGAUUUUCAGAACAGGACGGUGGAGACGCUGGCGAGCGGGAAUGUCGUGGGGUUGAGGAGUCAUGGCCUGAAACGGUACGUGGAAUCUGCGCGUGUGUUCUCGCCGAACUCGAUUGUGCGCAAAGACGGCAUUGUGCACGGGCUGGAUGGGUUCAUGAUCCCCCCCUGGAGUUGCAUUGGCGUUCCAAGAGUUGAAGCGUGAUGACAGUCAGACGAGAAGCCUCGUGGCUCCCCUGUUUCAAGGAAGGUCUCCAGGAAAUCUCGCUCAGGAACCAAGAGCGCUUCCACGACGCGCUACAUGUUGGAGAAAAAUGCACCCGUUGUGCCAGACGCUCUGCUUCGCGCUGUGAUGCCCCCCACGACCAGCGUUACUGCCCCCUCCUUGGGUCCAUCCCUAGGCCCGUCCAUUGCGCCCGCUCCCGGUCCCGGCAUUGCGGGGUUUACCUGGGAUGACGACGAGGAGACGCUGCAGUUUGUGAUGGCGCUUACAAACUACGGAGGAUACAACGACAUGGCGGAGCUACUGGUGAACGCCACCACACUUGGGAUCGAGAUAGGCAAGCUAGCGCGCAUGGGAUACAAGAUCACUAUCCUCGCUCCCAACGACCAGGCGAUGCAGCAGCUCACAAUCGAGCAGCUGGACAUGCCCAUGGAGCCGCUGCUGUACUACCACUUCCUGUCGGAAUACCAAACCGACGAGAGCAUGUACAACGCCGUGAAGCGCUUGGGCAAGCAGUCCUACAGCACUCUUCGGCACCCGCACAAGGUGAUCGCGUCGGAGUCCGAUGGAACGGUGAAAUUCGGUGACGGAGACGGCGCGGCGCAUAUAUGCGAUCACGAUAUCUACGUCGAAGGUCACAUCUCGGUUCAAGGAAUUAAUAGGGUGCUCAGUCCUCCACCUUAAGGGAGGCAAUACCGAAUCUUCGUGACUGCAGAGCAACGGCGUUUUUUUUCUUUUUUUAGAGCAUCCUCCAGAAAAUCUUCUCGAGACAGAUAAUUACGUCCCUGCAUACGAUCAAUCAUCCACUCUACAUUCGAGGCGCAACUUCAAAAUCUAGCAGCGUGCCACAGCCGUGUACAACGUCCAUCCGCGUGAUCCAGACGACCAAACAUGCUGGAGCACCAGUCAAUCAAGACACCAAUCCAGCCCUACGCGAGAUUUAUAUCACUUGCUAUUCGGAAUAUCACCCACCCACCCACCCACUCACUUCUGCAAUAAAGACGAAACCAUCGCUAGCUCCAGCACCCCCGCACAGACACAUACCGGCAGCAGCGCAUAAAAACCAGGUCCUCCACCGACAAAGAAAACCACGGGUAGAGGCUCAGCGAGUGUUUCAUAUCCCAGGGUCUGCUGCGGAAGAAUAAAGCUCCUUUGGUACAGUGUGUGUGUGUGUGAUGUUGCGAAUUGCUUUAUUGUUCACCUUAUCUCGGUUACAGUGCUUCCCAUCUGUAGCGGUGGAAGCUUGCUAAGGUACAGGAAUUCCCCUGUUGUUUUUAUUUUUGUGUUUUUUGUUUCUUUCUCUUUUUUCUGUGAGAUCCCAGCAUGAGCCCCCAUGUCAAGUCUGCCUUGUAGAAGCUUUGAAUGUGAUGGUGUUUAAAUAGUAACUGGUGCAAGUUUUGAAGCAUUCUCUGCCUAUCUAUCAAUCUAUCUAUGUAGAUAUGUAAAUGUCUGAGUUUUGUUGUGCAUGGCGCUGAAGCACGACUGGGAGUUUCUCAUUUUUGCUUUGCACUGGGAGUUUGUGUAUUUCUUUUGCCAUCCUUGUUAUGGGUUCUUCUUCUUCUUCUUCUGCAUCUCCUUUUUCUUCUUCCUCUCUUGCUUUUUUCAAUGCUUUUAUAAAAUAAGUAUUCACAUAGAUUAUACUGUGAAACAUACCUAUGUGUUCUUGUUUUUUUACUCUUGAUGUUCCAUGUGUAGCCUUGUUCCUGGUCACCCACACACCAACUUAGAAGGGCCUGAAAUAUUCAUCGCUGUUAAAAUAAUAAUAAUAAUAAUAAUAAUAUUGGUAUAAAUCAUCGUGUCGGUAAGUUUCAUUGUUGCAAACCUUGAAGAAGAGCUUGGAGAAUACAUGGAUGGAUACAUGAAUGCAGUAAAUAAGUGGCAGCAUAAAUGCUGUAAUUGUGAAUGGGCAUGUGCCCAUGAGCUUUGAUUCAAGUUUGCAUGUUGGAAUAAAUGCAAUAAUUAUACCA